UUGAGAGAGUCAGCUGAGAUACAGAUAGGCUAGAUCGUGCACGCUCGCAAGGUCAUAUAUUGGAUAUCCAGGAACAGGAGCUGUAAUUCUGAAGAAGUCUGGGCAUAUUGAGAUCACAGUGAGCGGGCAGACGCACGCAGGACACCGCGACUCUUUCCUCAUCUGUCUGAGGUGAAUGUGAUAUCUGACGGAGAAACAUUUUACAACGAGUAUUAUGGCUGUGGCCGGAUGUCCGGAUUAUUUUCUGCACCAUCCAAACUACCAGCAAGAUACCGUAGAUCGGGCUGCCAAUCGCAGACAAGCAGAUCUGAUUGGGCAAGGAUUUCAGCCGUCAACCAUUCAGAGCUCACCCAGCCAUCAAGAGGAUGACGUGGAUCUGGAGGCAUUGGUGAAUGAUAUGAACUCUUCCUUUGAGAGUUUGUACACAUCCUAUAAUAUGCCGGCUGAUUCCGCUCCCCUGCUACACAACGGCCAGACACACAGAGUAACCUGUCACACAAACGCUCCACACCAGAAACUACAGCGAUCCCAGCCAAUGCACAUCCUCGCUGUCAGAAGACUUCAGGAAGAGGAGCAACAGUACCGAACGUCGUCUCUACCUGCCAUCCCCAACCCCUUUCCUGAGCUCUGCAGCCCUGCCGGUUCACCUACACUCAGCUCUGGCUCUUUACCUCAAUGUCAGCCCACAGACAAAUAUAUUAUUAAAAUCUUCAGCGAGGAUGGGAUGGGAAAGAUGGUGGAGAUUCCAGCCGACAUGACGGCGCGAGACCUGUGCCAGCUCCUCGUCUAUAAAAACCAUUGUGUGGACGAUAACAGUUGGGCACUUGUGGAGCAUCAUCCGGCCCUGGGACUCGAAAGAUGUUUAGAAGAUCACGAGCUGGUUGUCCAAGUGCAGGCGUCCAUGACCAGCGAGAGUAAAUUUCUCUUCAGAAAGAACUAUGCCAAAUAUGAAUUCUUUAAAAGUCCUUUGAACUUUUUCCCAGAGCAGAUGGUGGCCUGGUGUCAGGAGAGUAAUGGGACGAUUCCUCCGUCUCAGCUCCUGCAGAACUUUUUAAAUUCUAGCAGUUGUCCGGAGAUCCAGGGAUUUUUGCAUGUGAAAGAGUUGGGCAGGAAAUCGUGGAAGAAAUUGUAUGUGUUGUUAAGACGGUCAGGGUUGUACAUAUCAACGAAAGGAACGUCAAAGGAACCCAGGCAUUUACAGCUACUAGCAGACCUGGAGGAUAGCAAUGUCUUUACAGUAAUAACAGGGAAAAAACUGCACAAUGCACCGACGGAAUAUGAGUUUUGCAUAAAACCUAACAAAGUAAGGAGUGAAGUGAAGGAACUGAGGAUGUUGUGUGCAGAGGACGAGCAAAGCCGAACGUGCUGGAUGACGGCCUUCAGACUCUUCAAGUAUGGAAUUCUGCUCUAUCAAAAUUACAAGAUCCCCCAGCAGAGGAAAACGUUACUGUCACACUUCCCAGCCCCUGUGAGGAGUGUCUCAGAGAACUCUCUGGUUGCCAUGGAUUUCUCAGGGAGUAUCGGCAGAGUGAUUGACAAUCCUGUGGAGGCUCAGAGCGCCGCCAUGGAGGAGGGACACGCCUGGAGAAAGAGAAGUCAGCGCAUGAAUGUCCUGGGCAGCCCCAGCCCUUUGCACCCCACAUCGUUGAGUGGAGCUAUCCACAGAACUCAGCUGUGGUUCCAUGGUCGUAUUUCACGAGAGGAGUCCCACAAGAUGAUCCAUCAGCAGGGCAGAGUGGACGGAAUGUUUUUGUUACGGGACAGUCAGAGCAACCCCAGGGCAUUUGUGCUCACACUGUGUCACCACCAGAAGAUCAAACAUUUCCAGAUUUUACCGUGUGAGGAAGACGGUGAGAUGUUCUUGAGCCUCGACGAGGGCGCCACCAAAUUCUCGGACCUGAUCCAAUUUGUGGAGUUCUACAGUCUAAACAGAGGAGUUCUGCCUUGUAAACUGAAGCACCCCUGCACCGCUGUGGCCUUAUGACCCUCACAUGCCUGAUUCUGGCUUAAGACAAACACUGCGGUGGUGUGAGUGUGCUGUUGGGCUGGAGAAAAGCACACCGCAAGCCGCUCUCUGUCCGUGAGAGACCGGCAAAAAUCGAACGGGGGACAAACACUCGUGUGUACGAACCUUCAGGCCACACGCACACUCCACCGUGGCCGGACCAGGUUCUCAGGACAAAUCCUCCAGACUAGAGGGUUUCUUCAGGAUCUGCGGUCUGAAUGCAUUAGUAGUUUUGGGAAGACCAGCAGAACACUCUUAAAUCAUUUCAUUUUGCACUCGUGAACCAGGAAUAACCAUGCUAUGGCAAUUUUGGCUUUCGUAAAUCGAGCGGGUUCUAGAAAGGUCUGUAAGAUGUGGACGGCCGAUAGGGUUUUUGUUUUUUUAGUACUGUGAAAAGAUGUUGCCGUUAAAUUUGUGCAUUCUCUUCUUCUUAUCCGUACUUCAGUUGGAUGGGUAGGAGUUUUAGACAGGUUUCUUCUGCAAUCGCUUCUUUUAUUUUGUAAUAUUUGGGGCUAUUUGCUCAUGUUUUUGAGCAUCUCUCAUGCAUAAACGCGUAUGCCUUCGUAUCUAGACUGUUAAAUACAUUGCUACUCCAAUCACAAACCAUUAACUGCAGCGCUCUCUACUGGCCAUACUUAGAAGUUACACAUCCCAAUGCACCUUUAAGAAUUCUUUAUCGUGUUGUUUCAAGCCCAUAUGACUUUAUUUCUUCUCUAUAACACAAACUGAGACAUUUUUAACGUUUUUAACGUAAAAAACAACAAAAAAAUAUAUAAGGAUACUGGUUAACUACUAUCUACUUACAUAAGAUAAACACGUCUAUUGCAUUUACAUUACAUUAAGUCAUUUAGCAGACUCUAUUGUGUCAAUAUGUGUUAUUACAUUGUACUUACAUAUAAAGUAUAUGCAUGUAAAUACAAAACUGUACCAUUUCUGUCACUGGGGUGGUACCCUCAAAGAUUAAUUUUUGUCCCGUUCUGGGUAUACAACACAUUAAAAUGUUGUACCUUUUGGGGUAUAAUAUUACACAUUAAGGACCUUUAAGGACCAAUUUUGUACCAAUUAAUGUUAGGGGUACAAAGCAUUUAACUGCACCUUUACAGGUACACAAUAGAUCCUUAAGGUACAGUAAUGUCCCCAAAAUGGUAUUAUAUUGUAUUAUGUUUAGUAUACCUGUAAAUGUACAAAACAUAACUUUAGGGUACCACCCCAGCUACAGAAAAAGUUUUGUACCUUUUUUCUGACAGUGUACCCCGAACAACACAUAGGUACACAAUAUAUAUAUGAUAUAUUAAAUGUUUUAUUUUUUAUGUAAGUACACAGUAGUCACCUUAUAUUAAGUAUAUAAUGUUUCUCAAAUUCGAGUGAACUAUCCCAUUAAACACAAGUAUAAGCAACCCAUAGCUUCUCUGCAGACAUCACCACCACAUUUAUUAGGAACGGUGCCUUGAUUUUAAAGACGAAUCUGUUGAGUUGAGUGAAAAUAACCACUAAACCCUCUGAUGGAUCUCUGCUUUAUCAGGAACUACAGCAACUUCAUUGUCCAUGUUUUAAUAGAUUGUCUUCAGUACAUCACACUGUGAAGUCCAGGCUACAGACCACCUGCACUAUACGGUGGGGUUCGAAUUAAAAUUCUGCCUUGUCCACGGUAGCAAUCGAUACAAACAGAUUUGUAGAGAUAUUUUUGUAUGCAAUGUAAAAAAAAAGAGCCAUGUUUUUAGUAUACAGUAUGUACCUAUAAUGUAUUAAGCUAGAUGGAGAGGGCGUCUACAAGUUCACCCAGAAGAGCGUUAAGUAGAAAAUGCAAACGACGUCAUUUUAAGUAUUGUUUUGACAAAUUUAUUUAUUUAUCUGGAUUCAAAUGAUUACUUGAAACGUAGUUUAGUGUUUUCUUUCAGCGCUGUACUUUCACAACUCGAUAAAUAGAUCCCAUUUUUACCUAACACUUCUCCAUCAUCCUGCUUUAGUACUAUAACAGUCUCUUGUUUUUUAUUUGUUUUCCCUCCCAAAAAUCAACUGUACAAUGCUGGAAGCAACAAAAAUAAGUUUUAAUAACUUUAAAAAGACGUUUUAUUGUAUAUUCCAAUGCCCAGUGUCACAGACAACCCUUAAAGGGACAGUUCACCCAAAAAUGAAAAUUCUUUCAAUAUUUACUCCCGCUCAUGUUGUUACAAACCUGUAUGAAUGUAUUUGUUCUAAUAGACACAAAUGAUUAUUUGAGGAAUGUUUGUAACUCAUCAUGAGCCCCAUUUACUUCCAUUGUAUUAUUUUAUCCUACUAUGGAACUCAAUGGGGCUUCUUAUUGGUUUGGUUUCAAACAUUCCCCCAAAAUAUCUUCAUGUUUAGCUGAACAAAGAAAUAUGUACAGGUUUGUAACAACAUGAGAAUCAGUAAAUAUUUACAUAAUUUUCAGUUUUGGGUGAACUAUCCCUUUAAGACUAGAAUUAAUGAGGUUUAUGAAAAUAACUUGCCCUGACCAAAUCUUAAAAUAUGUCAGUGUCAUUGUUUUGACCUUAAGAUGCACACCAGUAUUUUUUUCUGGGGCUUUUUUAUAAAAGUGACUUAAAAUGGUAAUUUGACUAAGGCAUAGUCCUAGCUUAAGCUAAGCCUUGUCUGUGAAACCGGGCCUUUGUAUCAUCAUUCAUGACUUAAGGAUAAGGAGUUAAGGAUAUGACAUCAUUUACACUUAAAGUUAAACUUCAUUGGAUAAUUUAGCCACAGAAAGAGACCACAGGGCUUCUUGAACAUUUCUGCAUAUUACAUUUAGUGGUCAGUCUCAAUAAACCCAGGCUUUGUUUUGUGUGGCUGUUGUAUUUUGCUUUGGAAGUGUCACAAUCACACACAAGCCUUUUUGACAUUUCGUUAUCUUUAUUUUUCAGAGUUUGUCUAUACAAUCUAUACAAUCAGCAAGGCAAUGAUUAAACAUUUCACUUUAUCAAGUAGCAUAUUCUGCAGCCAGUUUUGAUAUGCCUCCGUUCAUGAUAGAGGAUGUUGUAUGUUACAUGAGAGUGAGUUUAUUGUAUGUUACUGGUGAAAAUGGCCUGUAGGACUUUCAGCACUUCUUCUACCAGUUAAUAUGUCCAAUACACGUCAUUUCUGAAAUAACACAUAUGGUUAUAUGGUGCAAUCACAUUGUCUGUAAUACUUUAUUUGGUUCACAAAAUAUUUAAGACACUCCAUUCACCCAUUCAACUGUUCACAUAGAUAUCACACUGAAUUUUUGGAUGCAGAUUUUUUCCACGAUGACAUAAAAUGAAGAAACUUGACUUGUUUUAGUGCAUUUUCUCUUUUAUUUGGUUAAGUGUGUAUAUAUUGAAUCUGUUUUAUUUUAUGUUGCUUUGUCGUGCUAAUCGACCUUAAAGAUUAUGUUAUAUUUGCAUUGUGCUGAUUGAAAACUGGACUUGUACUCACUGAAGGUCAUCAUUAAGCUAAAUCGCUGUUUUAAAAACUCGCAAAUACGUUUAUUAUGCUAACAAAUGUAUGCCUUGUAGAUACUUUAGAAAUGUUCCUUUAAUAUGAAUCAAAGAGGGCAAUGUUUGCGUUUUCUUCAUUGUUGUUGAAAGGAGCCUUCGGGAUCAUCGGCGAAACGUGUGAGCUGUUGAGAGUGAAAGAAAUAAAUGUCAUUUUUAUAUUUAAAACAGAUGAAUGUAACUGGGUUUGCUCAGGGUUGAAGCGGAGGCUGUUUAAAACUGGUCCUGUGGACCAGCAAGAUUUCUUUUCCUGUAUUUUUCUUUUUAUUAAACUAACAUUGACUCCUUUCA